UAUAAACCUCAAAUCCCAUCCCCCAAGUUCCCAACUGGGCAUUUGUCUUUCAAACAGCAGCAAGCCAGUAAUUGGGAGGCCCCAAAAGAAAAAACCUUAACACGAAAAGCCUCUGAUUAACUGGUUGACUUCUUUCCUCUGUUCUGUUCCGACAACCUGCGAUUUUAAUCCCCCUCUGUUUUCUCUGUUCUGUCAUUUCCUAAACCCAAAAACAACAAAAUGAUGCAAAUUAGUUCAACAAUCCCAGCUCAUCACCUGAGUCAAUUCCAAGCUAAACGUGCCAGUUUCAGGUGCAAUGGAUCUCCUCUGAACCCUUUAACAAGAAUUCCUCAAUUUCAAUCACAAGUGAUCAGAGCAUCUUCAGUUCAAUCAACAACAGAGGUGACAAGACAGCAUCUUUCCAAUUUGGAGAAGCUGUUGUACAAGGAAUCGGAUUCAGUCCUGCAGAAUUCUGAACCAGUUGUUGUUAAGGAAAAAUCCCAGAAUAAUUCAUCUGAAAAUAAAGGGAGAAGAUUGUUGGAAGGGCUUAAUUUGUCCCGUUUAUGGCCUGAAAUGAAGGCUGCCGAAGAAAUGUCUCCGAAACACUUGAAUAGGCUCCAACGGCUUCUUUCCAUGUCGUCACAGGAAUAUUCUCCCCGGAAUAUUCUCGGCAGCCGGUGGCGGGAUUAUCACGGAUGCAAUGAUUGGGCCGGGCUUCUUGAUCCCCUGGACGAGAAUCUCCGGCGAGAAGUGGUCCGGUACGGUGAGUUUGUUCAGGCAGCUUAUCAUGGUUUCCACUCCAAUCCGGCCAUGUCACCGGACGAAGCUCCUUCCCCUCGUCACGUGGCAUUGCCCGAUAGGUCCUACAAGGUGACUAAGAGCCUCUACGCCACGGCAUCCAUCGGGUUGCCUAAGUGGGUGGAUGACGUGGCGCCGGAUCUCGGGUGGAUGACCCAGAGAUCCAGCUGGAUGGGUUACGUGGCGGUCUGCAACGAUCAAAGGGAGAUCCAACGGAUGGGAAGGCGGGACAUCGUGAUCGCCCUACGUGGCACGGCCACGUGUCUCGAAUGGGCCGAAAACAUGAGAGACGUGCUAGUACAAAUUCCAGGAGAAAAUAAUGCAUCAAAUAAUAAUUCUACACAACCUAAAGUGGAAUGUGGAUUUUUGAGUUUGUUCAACACUCCUGGAGCUCAUGUCCCUAGCUUAGCACAAUCAGUAGUGGAAGAAAUCCAAAGAUUGAUUGAAGAAUACAAAGGUGAGACCCUAAGCAUAACUGUCACGGGGCACAGUUUAGGGGCCGCCUUGGCGCUCCUAGUGGCCAAUGAGGUCAGUACAUGUGCCCCCGAUGCCCCACCCGUGGCGGUAUUUUCCUUCGGUGGCCCACGGGUUGGCAACCGAGGAUUCGCGGACCUGAUCAACUCGAACAACGUUAAAGUACUUAGAGUAGUGAACUCGCAAGAUGUGAUCACCAAGGUUCCGGGCAUGUUUGUGAGUGAAGAACUUGACAAAAAGUUAAGGGAUUCCGGAGCCGGAGCGGUGCUUAACGCACUUGAUAAUAGCAUGCCUUGGGCAUAUUCGCAUGUUGGGACAGAACUGAGGGUUGACACUAAAAUGUCACCUUUUUUGAAGCCCGAUGCGGAUGUUGCAUGUUGCCAUGAUUUGGAGGCUUAUUUGCACUUGGUGGAUGGAUUCUUGUCAUCAAAUUGCCCGUUUAGGUCAAAUGCAAAGAGGAGUUUAGUGAAGUUGCUAAAUGAACAAAGUUCUAAUGUAAAAAGAUUGUAUACAAGUAGGGCUAAUCACUUGAGCAGAUUAAAUCUCGAAAGAGAUAAUCUGGCAAUGUCAGGUGCCCUGCCAAGUCCAUCCUAAUGUUAAAUCUUUUUUCUUAUCAAAAUGGAUGAGAAGAUACUUCUUUGUGUGUAAGUCAACCCAAUGAAGUAUUGCAAAAUUUUGAUCUAAAUCUCUGUACCUAACUGGUUGUUUAAAGAUCAUAUUAAUUUUAGUAUAACAAUUAUGAUAAUCAUGUUAAGACUGAGAGAAGUAAAAUUGAAUUUGCUUGGGAAAAAAAAUAUCUCGAUCGACUAAUUCCUUAAAAGAACUUUAUGAAAGUGAACUAUACGGGCGUGUAGAGCAAAAUGUAACAUGAUAUCCACCACCAAGAGUAAAG